CGUCGAUCCGGGUUGGCUGUGGUUGAGCCGCGCCGCACGUCCCGGACCACUCCCCCUCGGCGCCAAGCUCCCCGAUAUCUCCCCUCUCGCUCUCGCCUCAAGUUUCCAGAGCCCCCCUCCCCUGGUCCCCCGCGGUCAUCUCCAACAAUGGCGACGGCUCACCUCAGCCCGGCGCUCGCGGUCUCAUCGUCGCGCCACCCAACCUCCAAACACGGCCAGCCGCCCGUCUUCGCGCAGCCAGGCGGCACAGCGGUGCUGCGGUCUUGCUCGCUUCCCUUGUCCUCGAGACUCGCCGCAUCGGGUCGAGGUGGGUGGCGGUUCGCGGCGGCAGUGGAGCCCAGGACCGCGCAGCAGGAAAAGGCCGAGGCCUCCUCGAGGCUGGUCCUCGUCGUCGGCGGAACCGGCGGCGUAGGUCAGUUGCUGGUAGCAUCUUUGCUGAGCAGGAAAAUUAAGACAAGGCUGCUCCUAAGAAACCCUGAAAAGGCAGCGUCCUUAUUUGGCAAGCAGGAUGAGAGUGUUUUGCAGGUUUAUGAAGCGGACACGAGAAAUGCUGACGGUUUGAAUCCAGAAAUGUUUGAGGGAGUUACACAUGUGAUCUGUACUACUGGGACUACAGCAUUUCCAUCAAAACGCUGGGAUGGGGAUAACACUCCUGAACGUGUCGAUUGGGAUGGCGUCCGAAAUUUUGUGAGUGCCAUGCCACAGACGGUCAAGAGACUGGUUUUGGUGUCAUCAAUUGGUGUUACAAAAUAUAAUGAAAUACCAUGGAGUAUCAUGAACCUCUUUGGUGUGCUUAAAUACAAGAAGAUGGCAGAGGACUUUGUCCGCAAUUCAGGCAUACCUUUCACGAUCAUCAGGCCGGGGAGAUUAACAGAUGGGCCCUACACUUCGUAUGACCUGAACACACUUGUUAAGGCUACAGCUGGAGAAAGACGAGCAGUUGAGAUAGGCCAAGGUGACAAGCUUGUGGGAGAAGCGAGCAGAUUGGUGGUGGCAGAAGCAUGUAUCCAAGCUUUAGAUAUUGAAUCUACCCAAGGAAAAAUAUACGAGAUUAGUUCGGUGAAGGGCGAAGGACCUGGGAGCGACCAGGAGAAAUGGAAGCAACUAUUUGCAGCUGCUGAAUCGAACUAGUGGCACUCUGAAGCACAGAGUGCAGUGCAUUUUAAUUUAUACACUGUAGUGGAAUUCCAUACAAGGGCAGUAGCAGUCAGUACAUACAUAGGUGCAGAGUUGUCAUUGUCGCGGGAUUUGGAAACGACCUGCAAACAAUCGAGCAUAGUACUAUGUGCUUCAUCCAUGCUAUGCGCACAGGCUUAAAAAUGGGAGAAUAUCAUACGGAUACCGAUAUUUGGUGGAAACCGGUAUGUUUGUCCUUGUUUAGCCACUCAUGGGCUGAAUUUGGAUACAGAUUUGUGUGUGAAUAGUAGAUAUAUUACAUUGUAUAGAGGUUUCGUCAUUUAA